AUGUCAAAUAAUGAAUCAUAUGAAAUAUUAAAAUUUGGUUUGGAACACUUUGAUAAAGAGGGUAAAAAUAAUAAUCAUAAUAAUAAUAAUAAUAAUAAUAAUAAUAAUAAUACCUUUAAUAUUUUUGAAACACAUAUUGAAAGUUUAAGAAAUGAAUCAAAGAUGUUAAGUGAAUUAUUGAAAAAGAAUUUACAAUCAGAGUUAUUAAAUUUACCAAAUUCAAUAAGAAAAAUGUCAAUGGAAGAAUUCCUUCAACAUUGUUUAGAUAUUGAUGCAAUUAAUGUAACUUCAGUACCAACAUUAAUAAACAACAAAGAUAAUAAUAGUGAAACAGAACAACAACAACAACAACAACAAAAUGGUAAUAAUGGUUUAUCAUUAACAGAAUUAUUAUUUUCACCUGAAAAAAGUGUUAAUGAAAUAGAUAAUAGUAAUAGUAAUACCUCAAUUGAUAGCGAAUCAAUGAAUAACAUCAAACAAAAAGUUAUCGAUAUUUUAAAUUCACCACAAUUAAUUUUAAAGAAAAAAGGAUUUAAUAGUAAUAAUAACUUAUAG